UAUCCAAAUGACCUCAUGUUUCGGGAACACCCUUUGUCAGCUGAAAGAUCAGGGUCUCUGGUGCUCGGUUCUCGUUCUUUCAGUGAGCUUGGGGUUGGCCAUGCAAGAGGACUGAGUGAUUCAAGUCGCCGGGACGAGACAGCGAGAGUAGCGGCAGCAGCCAUGAGCCCUGCGGCUGCAGUUGGACAUAGUUUGAGCCAGUUCUUCAGCUGCUGCCUGGUGUUUGUGUUUUCCUCUGGGUCAGUGGGAUUUAACCUGGACUCUCUCAGCCCCACCGUAUACAGCGGACCCCAGAGCAGCUAUUUCGGUUUUGCCGUGGAGUUUUACAUUCCCAGCCCAGGAACGCCGAGUGUUCUUAUUGGAGCUCCCAAAGCCAACACCAGCCAGCCGAACAUAACGGAAGGUGGCGCAGUAUAUUCGUGUGCCUGGGGUGUGAAUGACACAGAAUGCCAGCAGCUUCCUUUUGAUCUAACAGGUAACCGGUUACACAAUGAGACUGAAGUGCUGGAGCUUAAGUCAAACCAGUGGUUUGGUGCGACGAUUCGAGCGUCCAAUCUCACAAUCCUGGCGUGUGCCCCUCGCUACAAGUGGAAAGGGAGCGAGCAGCUACAAGAGCUGGUGGGGACCUGCUACCUGUCUCUCCAGAACUUCAGUGUCAUCUUGGAAUAUGCGCCAUGUCGCACAAAGUGGCACACACCAGCAGGCCAGGGGUACUGCCAGGGCGGGUUCAGUGCUGACCUAACAGAGAAUGGGCGAGUAGUGCUUGGAGGACCUGGCAGCUUCUUCUGGCAAGGCCAAUUGCUUUCUGCCAAUAUGAAGGACAUUGUUCAGCCUCAGCCUGACUUCAACUUCAUUCAGUAUACUGACGGAGAGAUCUUCAAUCACCCAUCCCCAAGCUCCUACGAUGACAGUUACCUUGGUUACUCGGUGGCUGUUGGGGAGUUUACUGGCGAUUCCGUUGAAGAUUAUGUGACUGGGGUGCCUCGUGGACUGGAGACGAUUGGAUAUGUGCGAAUUUUAAACGGGACGAAUAUGAAAGGCAUGUUCAAUUUCUCUGGUGAGCAAAUGGCCUCGUACUUUGGCUAUGCCGUGGCUGUGACUGACAUCAACAAUGAUGGGCUGGACGAUGUUCUGGUCAGUGCCCCGAUGUUCAUGGAGCGAGAAUCUGGGGGCAGGCUGCAGGAGGUUGGACGGGUCUACGUUUAUUUACAGACCGGGUUCUUGGAGUUCAACAUCAGUCAGAACCUGACUGGUACGGAUGCCUAUGGUCGAUAUGGGACAUCGGUUGCAGUGCUAGGGGACCUGGAUCAAGAUGGAUUCAAUGAUGUGGCUGUCGGAGCCCCUUACGCUGGUGACAAACACCAAGGCCUGGUCUACAUCUACAACGGGCACCCCGAUGGCCUCAACAGCACCCCUUCCCAAAUCCUGACGGGCAUGUGGGCAACCACCAACAGUGUGCCAGCUAGCUUCGGGUUCGCAGUCCGGGGAGCCAUGGACCUCGAUAUGAAUGGGUACCCAGAUGUGAUUGUGGGGGCGUUUGGUGUUGAUCAAGCUGUGGUUUACAGGGCCAGGCCGAUUGUCCGGGCAAGUGCCUCCUUGAAGGUGAACCCUCCAGUCUUCAACCCAGAGGAGAAGGGGUGCACAAUAAAUGGCACUGACAUCCAGGUCACAUGCAUCAACGUAAGCUUUUGUCUCAGUGCAUCAGGGAAACAUGUGCCGGACUGGAUUGGUUUUAAGGUGGAGUUAGAGUUGGACAGCCUGAAGCAGAAAGGAGCAAUAAAGCGAGUGCUGUUUCUCAAUUCCCGCCAGCCCUACUUCCAGGACAGUAUCGCCAUCAACAACGGGCAAGGAGAAAUCUGCCAAGAUUUGAAGAUCUAUCUGCGUGAAGAGCACGAAUUCCGAGAUAAACUCUCACUGAUCCAAGUAGCAAUGAACUUCAGUCUGGAUCCAAUGACCCCAGUUGACAAUCAUGGGCUGCAGCCAAUCCUCAGCUAUUCAACACGUAACUACUUAGCCCAAGAGGCCCAGAUACAGCUAGACUGCGGUGACGAUAACAUCUGUGUCCCAGACCUGCAGCUCUCUGUGCAUGGGGAUGCGAAAACUGUGUACUUUGGUGACGACAAUCCACUGACACUAAUCUUUGAGGCGAGAAAUCUGGGUGAAGGAGGGGCGUAUGAAGCAGAGCUGUAUGUAUUUGUGCCACCUGAAGCUGAAUACAGUGGAAUUGUGCGGAAUGAAAGUCUGGCUAAGCUCAGCUGUACCUAUGAGAACCAAACUGUGGUGUGUGACCUCGGCAAUCCAAUGAAGUCUGGAGCUAACCUCUCCGGUGGCCUCCGAUUCACCGUCCAUCAGUUGCACGACAGCAAGAAAUCUAUUGAGUUUGAGCUGCAGAUUCGCAGUAAGAACCUGAAUAACUCGAGAAGUGAGAUUGUCCCCUACAGACUGGAUGUGGAGGUUGCGGCACAAGUCAGCAUCCGAGGAUCACCUCCGGUGGAGAUUCACUUCCCCAUCCCGAACUGGAAGCCCACAAACCGGCCGGUCAGUGAGGAGGAUAUUGGACCCUCUGCAAAAUACGUGUUUGAGCUGUCCAACAGUGGUCCCAGCUCCAUCAGUCACACGAUCCUGCACGUGAUGUGUCCGGUUGCUUUUCGGAAUGAGCCCCUGCUCUAUAUCACCGAUUAUAAAACAGUUGGUCUCAUGCAUAAUUGUACAACCAGCAGCCCCCUCAAUCCUCUCCAACUGAAGUUGCAGAACCCUCCAGCUACCACACUGAACACAACUUUGGAGAGGCUGAAACGUUCUGUUCACCAUCAGGAAGCCACGUGGGAGCAACUGAGGGACCUGGAGACCCUGAGCUGCCAACAUUUGGAUUGCCUGAACAUGACUUGCCAGGUGGGCCUGCUGGAGAGGGGCAGCAGCGUGGCACUGGAAAUCCGAUCGCGGGUGUGGGCACACACCUUCCUCAAGAGAGAGAAGCAUCCGUUCUCGCUUCAGUGUAACGCAUCAUUCCAGGUUCACAGCAUGCCUUAUCGGAUCCUCCCGAAAGAUUAUCCGAAAGGCACUUACGUGGUCUCCAAGUCUCUGGUGUGGAUCAAGCCUGAGAGUUCAUAUGCUGUGCCUCUCUGGAUUAUAAUCCUGGCUGUGUUAUUGGGCCUACUUCUACUGGCUCUCCUCAUCUUCAUCUUAUACAAGUUUGGUUUCUUCAAGCGAUCGAAACUGCCACUCGGGACAGCGAUGGAGACAGCGCAGCUCAAACCACAGGUCACGUCGGACGCUUAAUUGUCUGAAUCUUUGAAAUCAAACGGAUGAGGGACAGGUGACUGCGGAGAGAUGCUGCACUGCUUCCUUUCUCACUGAGGAGAGCAGCACUAUUGGCCGAACUGUACUGUACACCCCAGGUCAAGGGAGCAACCGUCCAGGAAAUCCGACCACCCAGGAGCUUACCGUGAAAUUUCUUCAACUAUUAUUUAAGGAAAUUAUUCAAAAGCACUGAUUGUGAUUUUUAAACCAUUCUUUCAUGCUCCCUCGGUCACUGCAUCGAGAUGUGCUGGGUUUUGAUGUAAAUUUUUCAAACUGUU